CUCUACAUAUUGACUCGCUGUUGCAUUAUCACGCACCUUUUAAUGCACAUGAUCAAAUAUGACAAUGUCAAGUACUUUACAUGUAGCCUUUGUGGUGCUUAUUGUCAAGCUUAUUGGAUCUGAAUGUUUCCUGUUUGAGAAUGGAAACAGGAACGUCGCAUUCAAGCUAUAUACGAGAUCUGAUACAAAAGGGAGGGUCAUUGAUGCAAGAACUCUGUUUAACUCCAACUUCAACAAUAAGCUCCAGACAAAAUUGAUAAUACAUGGAUGGUUCGGUGACCUUCCUAAAUUUGAUGCAAUGAUCACGGAAUUGCUUGGUAAGGAAAAUAUGAAUGUGAUUCAAGUCAACUGGUCGAACUGGUCAUCUAACCUGGACUAUUUUCAAGUGGUGGAAGAAGUUCCGGAAGUUGCAGCAGAGGUGAAGCGGUUUAUGGAUACGCUAAUCCAAGAUGGCGGGCUAUCUUUAAAAUAUGUCCAUCUUAUCGGCUAUAGUCUUGGGGCUCAGAUAGCUAGUCUUGUUGGAAAGAAAUAUAGAAACCCAAGGAUACCUCGUAUUUCAUGUCUCGAUCCAAGUGGAGUAGGGUUUGACAACAACAAUCCAAUGGCAAGUGUUCAUAAAAGCGACGCCGUAUUCGUCGACGUCAUACACAGUUCCAUAAUUUCCGCUGCACCACGUGGUGAUGUAGAUUUCUUUCCAAAUAACGGAAUGGGGUCCCAUUCUCUCGCCCUGAAGCUGUUUGAGGAGUCUAUUAGAAGACGCUGUGACUUUACCGCUAGAUCAUGUUCAGAUUGGGAUGCAUUCCAAAGCAAGAGGUGUGACGACAAUGCGUCCAAUGUAAUGGGGCUGGAUGCAAAGCCAACAAACGCCAUGGGCAAACUGUAUCUAAACGUCAAGACUGAAGCGCCAUUCUGUUAAAUGUAGAUAGUGUAUCAAAUGUGUUAAAUAAAUGUAGUUAGAAUUGAAGUCCACCGUCACUAGAAUGGAGUUAUACACGUACCGAGCUAUAGCUAGAUAAUGGCAUCUCCACGGAGCUCGUUCGAGCUAGUAAAUAUUGAAUUCAGGCUUGUUUCAUUAGAUGGUCACAGAAGUGUUGUCCAACAUUGGCAGACAUAAUAACUAAAUCACAAUCACUUAGUUUGAUUAAAUGUAAUUUCUUAAACAUCCUAAUAGAAUAUUAUCUACCCUGGAAGUUAACAUCUAUUAUCGCUUGUCUUGAAAUAAUUGUCAGCAUUUCCAUACAUACAAUCCGUUGACCAGAUUAGUUUAUGGAACAGGGUAGAGAGUACAAAUCAUCAAGAGUGGGCUCAUCAAUAUAAAAUAAAUUUCUGAACAUUGAUAACAAAGCGUUCAUAUUUUAUAAAU